AUGACAUCGUCGCUCGCUAAAGUACUGCAUCGCAUGCAGGAGCUCUUCCAUAAUCUGGUCGCCGCCCUCGAGGCUGCCCUCUUCGGCGAAACGCCGCGCCGACAGCGCUCUGUAUACGGUCGUUAUGGUCGCAAGCGACGCUGCUCGCUCGAGGAGUUGGCCCAGGAAAUCGAUCGGCUGUUCAAUGCACAUCUGAGCGUACAGAACAUGUUGACCAUGGCCGCCAAGAUCAAAGACCAGCUCAAGUCGUGCUUGCAAUCGAACCCGUCCUGCAUGCUCCCGUCGUAUAACCAUGCUCUACCCACGGGGAAAGAAACGGGCACGUUUUUGGCGCUGGAUGUGGGCGGGUCGACGUUCCGUGUCGCCUUGAUUGAGUUGGGUGGGAGAGAAGAAGGCAUGAAGAUCGUUAGCUCGACGUCGAUGGUGAUUGAUGAGGAGGUCAAGGCGUUGCAAGGAACAGACUUUUUCGACUGGAUGGCGAAGCGGAUUGACAAUUUUUUGACUGGGGUGGACGCGAAAUACGGCCGGGAAGAGACUCCUUUGUCGAUUGGACUGUCGUGGUCGUUCCCUGUUGAUCAGACAUCUGCCAGCAGUGGAAAAAUUCAGGGUAUGGGUAAAGGGUUCCGCUGUUCGGACUCGGUAUUGGGACAGGAGCUAGGUGGGUUGAUUGUGUCAGCGUGCCAAAAAUUGUCGUUGAAUGUUCGCAUGGAUGCGAUUGUCAAUGAUAGCUCUGCUACUCUGUUGACACGCGCCUACGUGGACCCAAAGACCCGGAUGUCGCUCAUUCUCGGAACGGGUACGAAUGCGGCUGUCCACUUUCCUGUCCAUGAAAUCGGUCUCGCCAAGUUUGGUGCAAGGCCUCCUGGAUGGUUUGAUCGUGCGAAGCAUGUCAUCAUCAACACUGAAUUGAGUAUGUUUGGUGGUAAUGUGCUGCCGAUGACGCGAUGGGAUGAUUAUCUCAACCGCACUCAUCUACGACCCGACUUUCAGCCUCUGGAGUAUAUGAUCACUGGUCGUUAUCUGGGGGAGAUUGUGCGACUGAUCAUCGUCGAGGCUGUUGAGACGGCGUCGCUGUUUGGUGGCGAUUUGCCUCACUCGAUGAAGGAACCAUAUUCGUUGGACACGGCAAUUGUUGCGUUCAUCGAAGGUGACAACUCUCCAUCACUAGCUCCGUCUGCAGCUCUUUUGCAAAAGAAUCAUAGCUUCUCUGCUACACCGACGGUAGAGGAUUUGACCUUUAUCAAGCACGUAUGCAAGUGCGUCUCAAAUCGUUCGGCGGGCUACCUGUCCACUGCCAUCUACAGCAUGUGGUGUCUACGUAACGAGGCCGAAUUCCCAGUUGACUCCACAACCGAGACAGUCAAGAAACUCGAUCCUCAGGAGGUUACCGUUACGGAACUCGAGCAGCCCACCAAGACCUUGAGCAUCGCCUGUGACGGAAGUGUGAUUAACAAGUAUCCCGGUUUUCGGGACCGAUGUCAAUCAUACCUCGACAUUCUAACACGAGAGAGCAGUGACUCGGCCACAAAAGCAGAAGACAAGCCUUCAAUCACAUUGGAGCUUGCGCAUGAGAGUGCCAUUUGCGGCGCUGCAGUGGCUGUCGCCAUUGCUGUCGCCGAGCGGGCGUCCUCUUGA